AUGGAAGACUCCUUGGAGGCCGAACCUGUUACUGAGUCACACUCAGACACUUCACACACGUUCCAAAACCUCGCCUCCAAUACGACGCAGACACCUCUGCCUCUGACCAAGGCGGAGAAUGGAGCUCCCGAGCUCUUCUACCCGGCCGAGCAGCUCAGCAACAACACAGGCCGGCCACAUCCUACUCAUAUCCUGCUACUCGAGCAUUUUCUUUAUCAGCCUAGUGGGCAAUUUGUGCGUGCUUCGAGCCAUCCUCGGCGGAGGACGCAAGCAACGCAAGUCCCGGGUCAACCUGAUGCUUUGCACCUGGCCAUAGCCGACCUUAUUGUCACAAUGGUAAUGAUACCAGUGGAGGUCGGGCGGGCAGCUACGGUGCAAUGGCUGGCUGGCGACACUUCAUGCAGGUUCUUCUCAUUCUUCAGGAUAUUUGGUCACUACCUCUCCUCCUUCAUUCUUGUCUGCAUUUCCAUUGAUAGAUACUUCGCAGUGGUGCAUCCUCUGAGUCUCAACGUAGCAGACAGACGAGGCAAGAUAAUGCUCGCCUUCGCCUGGUUCUUGGCCUUCACGUGUUCCUUACCUCAGGUGAUCAUCUUCCAUGUGGAGCACCAUCCGACCUUCACCUACUACGUGCAGUGUGUCACCUUCAACUUCUUCCCGUCGCUGCACCACGAGAUGGUUUACAAUCUCUUCUGCCUAGUGAUGCUCUAUGUGGCGCCCCUCUCUAUCAUCAUCGUCUUCUAUGGCGCUAUAGUCAUCACCAUCUUCCAGAAGAGCAGACUCUCGUGCGAUGAGACGACGAUUCGAAGAUCAAGCUUAGGUUACCUGGGCCGCGCAAGAGCAAGAACCAUCAAGAUGACUGUGAGCAUCGUACUGGCAUUCUUCGUGUGUUGGACACCUUAUGUCGUCAUCAGCCUCUGGUACUGCUUCGAUAGGCCAGCUGCGUCACUGCUGGACGAGAAGGUCAAGAAUGGUCUCUUCAUCUUUGCUUGUUUCAAUUCCUGUGUCAACCCAAUUGUCUACGGCAUCUUCAACUUCUGCAAGAAGAAACAACCAAUAACACAGACGUGGCGCUCCACUACCCUCAACACGCAGAUCAACUCUCGUAGCUACGAGUAUCGCAGUUUCAAGUCUAGUCGUGUGUACUGGAAUCGCCAGGACCCAGCCUCCACCCACGCCAAUUCCGAAGUUACUGACCGCUCUGCUGAGCUCCUGCUGCCUCAAACACUCAACUCUGUUUCCCGUACUAGGUCUAACUCCGGCUCAGGUUCCGGAUUGUCGAUCCCUCUUCAAAUACUCAAACAAUCCUCGUCGCUGUGUACAAGGAACGGCAGCGGCAGGAAAGAUGAGAGAGAUCAGGUUAGCAGAGAAAAAUAAGACCUCUUGAAGAGCACCAGUUGAUGUGACUGAAGACUAGCCAGAACGGCGAGGCCUUCACACCUUCACUUAGCUAAUAUUCUCUCUUUAUUUUAUGGAGUAUUUUUUAAUUUGUUCUUGUAAAACUUACAACAGUUAUACCAUUCAUUAUAAUAUAUUAAAAAAUUAUUGUUUUAA